GAAGCACAAGGGUUAUCUCCCCUUGUUUCUUGAUUAAAGCCGGUUUAAGAUGCAAGGUGGCAAGAACAAUAAUGUGCCUCUGCGCUUUCUCUUUAAAAUCAUGGAGUUCAUCCCCAUCCUCCGCUGAGUCUCUCGAUUAUAUCCUCAUCUCUACAUCUCUACGUUAUACUACAGAUAGGUUUCUCUGUGUGUUCAUUGUUGAAGGCUAGAAGCUUUCCGUGAUCUCUCAAGAUGGAUUCACAACUGGCACCCGCUCAUCAACACACUCACGAAGAAGACCCGCAAAGCACAACUCUCCCUGCCGUUAUUGAAGGAGAAGAUGAACAUCAUGAGAAGAAUUCAAUUUUAAAGAAGGUGAAGGCCAAGGCAAAGAAGUUAAAGGACACUCUCGGUAUUAAGAAGCAAGGCCACGGACACGAUCACGAUCAUGAUCCAGAGGUAGAAGAAGACGAUGGUGAAGAAGAAUUUGAACAAGCCCCGAGUAUUUAUGUGCACAAAACAAUAGCGACUCGGAUCGUCCUGUCCCCGCAUGAGAACAAAUUGGAGCAAUCCGGGGCUAAUUUGGGUCCUAAGCCGCAGUUGCGACCGUUGGAGAAAGAUCCUCAGGCACCGAAGGACGGGUUUGAGGAAUCUGAUCCUGGAAAUUAUCAGACCAAAGCUACUGAUCCUACAAGCACAGGUGGGAAAGAAGCGGGGGUCACCACCUUGGUCAGUUCGUUCGGAAAGAUGGGAAUUUCCAAUGAAUCAGGUGAACAUAAACCAUGGUCAUCCACCGAAAGUCACGGUCAGUUGCCCUCAAAUUUACCUCCCAUUAAAACCCAUAUCACCGGGGAAAAUUCCCAAGUGAUCCCGGAAAGCUUCAACGCCGACGAACCGGACAGUCAUUCACGGACCAGUAAAGUCGAGGAACAACCAAACCAGAGUAGCUAUACCGAGAAGAUUUCUGCGGCUACGUCCACAAUUGCAGAGAAAGCAGCAUCUGCUAAAAACGUAGUCACUUCAAAGCUUGGUUAUGGGGGAAACGAUGACGCGGCAGAAGGCGGUAACGCUAGUAAAUCAGCCACAGUAGGUGAAUAUGGCCGUAAGGUAGCUUCCACGGUGACCGAGAAAUUAGCCCCGGUGUACGAGAAAGUUGCUGAGGCUGGAAGUGCGGUGGUGUCAAAGAUGCAGGGGACGGGGACGGGGAUGGGGACAGGGACAGGGAUGGCGACGGAGAACAGGGAUGUUGGAGGAACUGAUAAGGGGGGAUCAAUGAAGGAAUACGUAGCGGAGAAUCUGACGCCGAGUGAUGAAGAUAAAGCGCUCUCUGAGGUUAUAUCGGAGGCAUUGCAUACGCACAACGGGGAGGAGCCACAGAAGGUGUCGCAGCCGCAGGGGAAAGUAACAGAGUCUGCUGAGGUAGCUAGGCGAUUGGGAUCUGUUGACGAUGGUAACACGCCGGAGGGAAUGACCUUAGGCAACGAGGUUGGUAAGGGCAUGGUGGAUAGUUUCAAAGGAGCGGUUACGUCUUGGUUUGGGAAGAAUGGGGAGCGACAACCACCACCACAACACAACACAUCGCAGGCGUUACAUGGCUUCUCUCAUGGUGGCGGCGACGGCGACGAGGUAGUCGAACGGAAGCUUAAUGAGUUCAGCAACUGAUGUGCAGGUUGAUGCUCUGCAGGAGAUAAUGAAUGGGUUUAUUUAGCUGCAAUUGCACAGCGUCUUCCGGUAGAGACGCUGUCUUAGUGUUUUAAUUCAAAUUACUUGAGGGAAUUUGUUUCCUUCCUCCCCAUGUUUCUUACUUCGUUUUGUCGUGAGCUUUUUUUUGUGUUUAUUUGUGUGUGUGUGUGUUUUUUUUUUAAAUUCCUCUGGGUUGAAUAUUGUAAUCGUAAUGUUAACAGGAAAAAGAAUAAAUAAAUACAAUACGAUUUUUAAA